ACACACAUCUGGAUAUAUCCAAGAGAGAGAGACGGGUGGGUAGGGGGGCAGGGUGUAAACUGAAAGAGAGACGGGCAGAAGGGAUCCGACGGUAGUAGCGAACUGAGUCGGCCGCAGCACAGAACUGAGCGCAGUGCGCACUCAUCCGCCGAGAAGAGCGGGACAAGGAAAUAGCCUCAGCUAAGCAACAUUGCAGCUCUGAAGAGAUCUUUUCUCGUAUACACAUAUAUUUGGUGUAUUUACCCAGUGGAAAUAGAAGAAGAAAAAAAAGAAAAAGUGAUUUGUCGUCCAGCAGAAUCCCAUCUCGACACAACGCAAAGACGAGAUAGCAUUAACUGUCUUUGAUUUUGAUUCGUGAGAGUUAUUUGCGCCGCAUCAUUAAUUACGUGUGUUUCAUCUUCGGCUAAUCGCGCCAACUGACAAUCCAAUCAAGUGAAGGGUUGAGAAACAAAUCUCAAGUCUAUAGGCCUAAGAAUCCUGGACUGUUGCUGCUGCUAUAUUAACAUCUAUAAGCAACUAAACUCGGCGGUCAGCCCUUCGACCUUGUGACCCACAUCCCAACGGCCUAUUUCAUUUCGUUGGAUUUGAUAUAUUACCAGGUCCUGGAUAUCGGGGGAUAUCGUUUAUAUGUAUCCCUCCGGGCUGCUGAAGACGAUGCUGUGAUUAUACUUUGUCAUUCGACCUCCGGCUCCCAUUGCUCCACGAUCCUAUAGCAAAUGGCUUUCGACGCGGGCGACAACAGCAGCACGGACUGGCUGCUGCCGGACGUCUCGCCGCUGGACAGCAACGCCUCGUACUUGAUGAACGGUAGCUACGGCGAGUGGAACGUGGACACUUAUCUCGCCACUCAUUGGGGGCCCAAGCACCUGCCGAUGGACGUCGUCGUGCCCAUCACCAUCGUCUACAUUUUGAUCUUCGUCUCGGGCGUCGUCGGCAACAUCGCCGUUUGCGUCGUCAUCGUUCGCAACCCGUCAAUGCACACGGCCACCAACUGCUACCUGUUCUCGUUGGCCGUCUCCGACUUGACUGUCCUUCUGUUCGGUUUGCCGAACGACUUGAGCGUCUACUGGCAGCAGUAUCCCUGGGCAUUGGGCGAAAUUGUCUGCAAGCUGAGGGCCCUCAUCGCUGAAAUGACCAAUUACGCCUCGGUGCUGACAAUCGUGGCUUUCUCGCUGGAGCGCUAUCUGGCCAUAUGCCAUCCGCUUCACGCUUACACGAUGGCCGGGCUGGGUCGGGCAGCCCGCAUCGUGGCUCUCAUUUGGCUGGUAGCCCUCAUCUCGGCCCUGCCGUUCGCCAUCUACACCGGCAUCUCGUACGUGCCUUAUCCGGCCGAAGCCGGAGUCAGCCCGGCCGGAGUCAAUCUGACCGGGCAGGCCAUCCCCGAGUCGGCGUUUUGCAUCCUGCAGGACGAGAACCCGCCCAACCUGUUUGAAGUGGCCACCUUCAUCUUCUUCAUCGUGCCCAUGGGCAUCCUCUGCCUGCUCUACCUUCGCAUCGGAAUUCGAAUUCGACGGACGUCGCUGGGCCGCGGCCGCAACGUCCAGGGCGUCGUCCACCACUCCAACGAAUCCAGGCAGUCGUCGUCCAGGAGGACCAUCCUCCGUAUGCUCGUUGCUGUGGUGAUUGCCUUUUUCAUCUGCUGGGCCCCUUUCCACGCCCAGAGACUUCUCUACGUCUACGCCAAAGACUCGCCGAAUUACCGCGAAAUCAACGAGAAAAUGUUUUUCGUUACAGGGUGUUUUUACUUUUUCUCUUCCACCAUCAAUCCGAUAUUGUACAACGUCAUGUCGGUGCGCUACCGGGAGGCAUUCCGCGAAACCCUUUGCGGUGGGAUCCCCGCUUCCAGUCGCCAUCAUUACAAUCACCAGCGAUACGCUUCAGAUAGGUUUUCGGCCAACUCGCGCAACGGCGGCAGCGUGAACAACACGAGCGGCACUUGGCUGAGUACGGCGGAGCGACGAUCGCUGAGGCGUCCGAGUCCGACCGCCAACGGCGCCGUGAAAGAGACGCUCAUUCCCGAGGAGAUGACGACCAAUGUGGACACGGAACUGCUGGACGGCGGCAGCAGCAAGAAGAUGAUGCCGGCGCUGGGCAAUCCGGCUCUGCGGAUUGGAUUUGUCCAUCAAGAAGAGGUGGGCCUGUCCGGCUUUCCCGUUGUUUCCACGGCCUCUAACGUGGCCGGCGCUCUCGUCGGUCAGCAGCAGCAACCCUGUUCGCCCGAUGGCGUUUUGUACCACCGUCCGGCGAAACCCGUCGAGUGGCGGGUGCAUUUAGCCAGCGUCAAGCCGAAGACUUCUAAUGGCGGAGCUGCGAGCUUGCCAGCCGGCUGCACCCCUUUGUGUUUAAAAUCGAGUCAGUUGGUGCGGACGGCCAGCGAGACCAACCGAAAGGAACCACACACGACACCUGGAGUCGUCAGUGCUGAGUAUCAGCAGCAGCAGCAUCAAUUAUCUUUGGCCGCCAGCAAGCCGACAGCUGGAGACGUCGCGGGAGAUGGCCAGCAGCAUCAGCUACCCGAUUUCGGAUUGUCGGCAUUAGUCGAACCGGAAGUCAUCAGCACCAAUCAUCAUCAAGAUCCCGUCUCAUCCGCUACGGUCCGUGAUACUUCCAUUCAAAACGCUGGGAGGCUGUCUUAACUGAUGCUCUAUUCACGUCGUGAUUUGUUGCGUGAAGACCGGUGAAGACUCGACGCUAACUCGACCCGAAAACUUUUUUUUCCAAUUUUUUGUAACAGUAUUUCAAAAUAAUAGGAAUACUAUACGUGUCUACAUGGUCUCCGCCCUUAUAUCUCCCCUCCACUCUAUCUCUCCAGAGGGUGGUCAUAUUUCUCGUUCGAAAUCCACAUCGUACACAUGUAUGUGUAUAUAUAAAGACAGUGUACCGUAAUAAUAAGUUCUUUGGCGGUCCCCCAUCGUGCUGGCGUAUCAAUUUCAGCGUUCAUGAGGGGAUUGCAUCUUCAUCAUAUAUCCAGCACGUCUUUUUGUCGUGCAACAUAGUCAUGUGAAUAUGAAUUUCAUAUCAAUGCUGUCGAGGAAAGGACAUGGAGGUAGUUGGGAUUGCUAAUCAUCCACUGACUUUCAUCGUCCACGUAAAUACGAUUUGAAUCACGAUUAAAAACCGCCAAUCUAUUGGUGCAAUUCGCAGGUGUGCAGUCCUCAUUCAAUUGUCCAGUGGCCCUCAUCUGCCGAAAUCUACAAGAGAGAACUACUAUAUAUCCAAAUCACGGUUUUUUAUAUACAAGGAAUUAUACGAUGAAAUCUACAUUAUUAAUAUAUAAUCUUAUUUUCUUUUGUGAAUUUGAAUGCUGAAAUGUCUAAUGUACACAUGAUUGAAAAAUGAAUAAAAUCAAAAUACAUAUGCGCAAAAACC